AUGGGGGACCUGAUGCGUCGGGCGGAAGCUUCCAGAGGUGAAGAUCAGGACGUUCCGGACGAUAGUCAGUCCAAGAUGACUAUAGACGGCAUCAUGCUGGUCAAAUCGAACUUCAUUUACGAUGCUGCAAGGCCGCUCACCAUCUUUCAGGAGGAGCAGCGUAAAUUCUGGAGUGUUCUGGCAGAUGGCGCAUGCCACGUGGAUCAACUGUACUACUUCGAUGUUGUCAAGAUGAUUCCCUUUCUUCACGACGCCAAGUGGGACUGUUUUGGUGAUACGCCAGUUGGGAGGCAAGGCUUCUUCAAACACUUACCAGAAGCGAAAGUUCAUGCUAUGAUCGACACGCUUGCAGAUCAAUAUGGAACGCUACCUGACUGGGCAUCGUGCCGAUCUAUCACACACGCGGCCUGUGGCGACCAAUUUCAACUACCUGUGCUCUGUGUUUCUGUACCCUCGUGCUGGGCUAGCGUGAUCAAAGCAGAGGUUCUUGAUCAGCAGGGUUAUUCGACUUUCAGCUUAUGCAAUCUCAACAGAUGGGACGUUCCAAAUAUCAAAUGGACGAACGUGUGGAGCGCUUCCGAACUUGAUCAGCAGAGGCGUCGCCACCGAGGCGGAAAUCUCGAUCUACCAUUGCUGGCGCUGAAAGAUUCUUUCCCUGAAUGCAGAUUUGAUCGACCUUCGGACGAUCACUUCGAAGAGCAUCGGACUCUCGAUGCGGGCACGAUCGAUCGCGUCAUAGCUGAUUUGAAGAAGCCCGUGACUGACGCGCUGAAGCAACUACCACAGAGGACUCUGGCUGAAUACCCGCAUGCGGUGAAUGCUCACGACGCCUUUGCCUUGCUAAGCCGUUUCGCUGACAAGAUGCGCAGCGCUAGAGCGCAGCAUGAGGGCAAGGACCCCAGGUGCAAGUACAACGCCGUGGACAUAGUGAACAUGUUCAUGAUGUCAAACUUCUUGAAGAACGACGCGGAGUUGAAGAGGGCUUGCUUCUGGGCGGUUCGAGCAGUUCUCCCGGGACACAUGGCAAGUGCUUUUUGUUCUUCGAUCGAAAACGAACGUGUCCAUGGGCGGGUGCCAAGUACAGCGACUCUGUCGCGGCUGCGGGGUCGAGUUGAUGUGGCCUGGAUGGUAGCAGCAAGGCGUCUGAUCAAAUACUUGAUGGAGGAAGAGGGCGGCGUCGUUGUGUACCCAAUUCCAGACUCAAGUCCUCAAGCAGGACGCGACUACGAGAUGACGGUGCUCACAAUCAUUGCGCGAGACAACCUGGUCAAACUGCACGAGCUUUCAGGCCAGCUGGAUUAUUUUAAUCAGACCCGGGCGUACGAGGAUCGCAUUCGCGAGUGGGAAACCGAAUCAGAGGUCAUGGAAAAAGUCGAAACCAUGAUCAUGAGGCACGUGGCCCCUGCAGUGGAAUUGGGAUUUGGGCGGGCUAACCUGGCAGCAAAGUUCCACGCCAUCAUGCAUCAACUGUAUCUUCUGAGCCCGUCCGUCGAACAGUUCUCGGAGAUCGUCCGCUCCGUGCCCAUCUGGCUCUCGGAUCAGGGCACAGAGAGUGGGAUGGCCCGCAUCAAGCCCAUCAAGGUGGAGAAGGUGCUGGACGUCUUCAAGCCCGGCCACGACGCUGCCGAGGUUGAUUUCGCAGAGCCUGCGCCUCAGGGGCAUGACGACGACAUGAUCGACAUGACUAGGAGCCUCGAAUUCAGCGGGACACUUCACCUGAACCACAACUCUGGCAAGCACCUGAAAGACGUGAUGACAGAUUACAAGGAUGCUGUAUGGAGGCUCAGUAAAGUAGCAGAGUUGUUAGACAACCCUGCGUCGAAGGAACGGCUUCAGGCGACGUGCUUCUCGCAGUCGCCAGUCCUGAAAGUCUUGUUCGAGCCCAUCAAGAAGUUCAAAGGCCACUGUCACGUUGAGCGCUGGGGCACAGUUGCCAACACAGUACUCCACAUCACAGGCGACGUCGAAGCGGGCUUACGGCAUGGUUGGGACGCUCUGAAAUAUACCCAUGGCAAGAAGUCUAAAGAUGAUGGUGAUGAGGACGACUUACGCGUCAAGAUGCAAGUCCUGGAUGAAACAAUCAAGUCGCCGUACUGGUGGGCCUACUGGGGUAUGCUUGAGAAGAUCGCACAGGCACUGUUUGAUGUACUCAAGUGGUGUGAAUCGUGCUCCUGCCAUUUCGACCUCCUGGAGUUCCUCGAUAAGGGCGACCAUCCAUUCGACGAGGACGUUGUCAAGACGGUUCGCGACGGGGCUUCAAAGUGCCCGUUGAGAGGCAUGCGAUGCCAUGACGUGUGCGCGGGCCUCCUGCUCGAUUUCGUGAAGGACCGCCUCAACUACCACAUCGCAGAGUUCACCAGUCAGCUGCCCGGCGACAUCUCAAAGGAGCAGGCGAAGAGCAUCAUAGAGCAGUGUGAAAAUGGCAGGGCCCAUAUUGUCGCGUAUUACUCGGUCAAGUUGGCACAUUGCAACACAGCAGCCUACAGCGUAGUUGGGAUGGCAUGUGGAAUACACAAGAGGGCAGUAAAAUGUUACCGUCGAGUUGUGGAGAAUGCUGGUGGGAAUCGUAUUGUCGAAGACUUUCUCAAAAAUGGGACCCUUCUUGAUCAAGCGGACGAGUGGAGUAUCGAUGGUUUUCAAGCGACUGGGGAUUUGCCUGCACUUCGCCACUGGAUGGCAGUGUUUCGUUUCGCUCCCAGUGCAGAGAGAGUUGUUGAGGGCACGCAUGCUCAGGUCAAGCAUGAAACAAAGAGGGCCCCGAACCAUGGAAACGCCCUGGUCAGCUUGUCUAAUCGGAUGCCCAACCUCAGCAAGUACAUAACCUCCAGUAUGGACACCUUCAACUCUUUUGUACACGAUGUCCAAAACCUGAGCUCUGGCCAGAAGGCUUGCGCGGAGCUCGGCCUGGAUAAGCAUCCCAGUGCAAGUGUUGCAGCGCGCUUCGGGAGUAGAGACAAGCGUUUCUGGCAAGUCAUCUACCACUCAGACCCGUUCACGAAGUACCAGAUGGAGUUGCCCAAGAUCGAGAUCGUGAAAACUGAGACUGUUGAGCACCCGCGCAAGAUCAAGUUGCUUGAGACCGACUGCCCCUGCAAGAGAGACGCCUUUGUCAACCACGUGAUCGACUCGUUGAAAGCUGAUGGCACCAUUUACAGCAUGCCCCUGCAGCGCAAUGCCCUCGUAGCCCUGGGCGACCUCCUUCAAGUGGGUGACCUGAAAGAGAUGGGUGAUGAGUUUGAUGAUGGUUACCGCGCAGAUUUAUGGGGAGACCCAGAUUGCCAGCUCUCGGAGGUCAUGUUCUUCAAAGUGAUUAUCUCUGACAUCGGUCGCAUCCCCCGGCCGAAAGUACGAGGCCAACCAGAGCUCACAGGCGUCAAGACUUUGAUGGUGCACAAACUGCUUAGGUACAACGCUGCUAACGGCACUUCCACAGUUAGCGUCAACGGGAUGGGCCAGGAGAUUGGCGAUUGUGCAGUACCAUUCACUCUCCAUCCAGCUGUGAUCGAGCCAGAGAACUUGUUCAAGGUGAUUCGUUGGGAGCGUGCUGGCUUCGACUUGCAGCUGAAGCUACCCGGGCACUACGAGUCGAAGAUUCCAGUGAAGCAGAUGCAGUGGUUUAGCAAUGUGGUCCCAACACUUCUGAAGUACCCGGACGGCUGCGAACAGGACGCCGCCAUACCGACUGACAUUCCUGACGCCAAGGAGCUCAUGGGCACGCUCUGCGAACUGGGUCUCUGGGAGGGCCCGCCGUACAAGAUUACGCCAUUGGGAAAGGCAUCUCUUGAAGUUGGGAUGGAUCUGCGUCGCCCUCAGCCUGUGUUGAAAAGCCUCGAGAGGGGCGAUGACAUCACCAAGGCAACCCUGGCACAGUUGAUAUUGCGCGUCGAACUGGAAGGCAAUGUUUCAGGCCGUCCACGAAGGGAGAAAAAGCACGCAAUCAAGAACCCGCACCGAACUGGCCUGGACAAGAAGUGGUACUCGUUCAAGGGGUACUCCGUAUCCAAAUAUUACCUGAUGGCCAUGGUGAAAUCAAUGGACAAGGAGUCGGGCAUCGACGAGGUGCCGCAUUUCGCUACGACUGCAAUGUACAUGCAGAUCCUUGGAAUGGCUCCGCGCCCUGAGCGCAAUCAAAAUAUGCCUACCAUCGGCGACGAAGACUGGCCUGAGGACCACAUCCCACUGCCAGUCAGGAAGAAGGCGCGCACCACGAGGGGCGUAACGCUCGACAAGACCAGGAAGGCCACGGCAGGCGGUGGCGACGAGGAGGAAGCCGUGGAGGUCAUCGACAUCGAGGGCUCCGACGACCACGGCGAGGAGGACGACGACGGCAGCGCGGACAGCGGUGAUGAUGCCGACCCCCCGUUCGUGUACCGCGAGGACGGGCUGGGCAACAAGUACUACAGGUACGUGAGCUUGUACAAGACCUUCCACAAGAUUUCGGGCGAGUUCACGGGGUGGCAGGCCCACUGCAGGAGGGCUGGCCACAACGCGAAUGGCAAGUGCACCAAGAACCAGACUGCCAAGUCGGAUGGCGGUGCCGAAGGAGUGCAGCGCCGCCUGCUGCACUGGGCCUGCAUGGGCGGGGGCUGCGCGAACAAGCCGCAGCACAAGGACAAGUGGGAGCAGGUCGUGGACGACUGGAACAACGACCUGAUCGGCGAGCUCGCCGAGUUGGAGGUCGCGGCCUGCGACCCUUGA